CUAGGGUUUAUCAAUAAGGUUCGGGCUUCUUUGCGCGCCUUGCUCUCUAUCCUCCCUCGUCACCGCCAUGGAGGAGGCUCCUGUGUCAGCUGCAGCGCUAUCGACGUGCUGGAGCAAUGUAGUGAAGAGCCAACAACCUCUAAAGCCCCCUCAGGAUGAUCCUCUACCGCCUGGCCGAGUUUUUGUGGAGACCUGCAAAUCCUCUGAUGGCAUAUCAGUGGCUGUUGUUGACGCCAACGCCAUUAUUGCCGGCGGCGAAAGGCUUCACAAUUAUGCCGACAAGUUCGUUUCUGUUGCAGAAGUUAUACAGGAAAUCCGCGACCCUGUCUCGCGGCACAGGCUCUCACUCAUCCCCUUUAAUAUCGAACCCAUGGAACCCACUCAAGAAGCCAUCAACAAAGUUAUCAAAUUUGCAAAGGCUACUGGUGAUCUACAGACUCUAUCAGAUGUUGAUCUCAAACUCAUUGCUCUGACUUAUACUUUAGAGGCUCAAAUCCAUGGAACAAAGCAUCUCAGGGACAUCCCGCCGCCUGUUCAAGUGGUAAAUGUUAGGAGAUUGCCUGAAAAAGACAUGCCUGGAUGGGGUUCCAAUGUGCCCAAUUUGGAAGAGUGGGAAGCACUAGAACAUGAGACUGAGGACAAAUCAAAUUCCAGUUCAAGGAUCCUUCCUUUGCGAGACUUGAACUUGAACUUGGUUCCGCAAGAUAACCAUUCUGAAGAUCGUUCAGCUGAACAUAAGAGUGAACCUCCUCCUGAAAAUCUAGAGCGUGGUGAGUAUGGCUCCAGGAAGCCUGGGAGAAACUUCCAUAAGAAAAAGGAGGUAAACAUUGAAGGGAAGAAGAUGGUUGCUGAUGGAAUCGAUGCAUCACAAGGACAAUUUGAUGAUAAUGCUGGUGAUUGGAUGCCUGCUGUCAGUAGAAGCACUCAUAGGAGAUAUCUGAGAAGAAAAGCUAGACGUGAGGCAUUGUCUCACAGUCAGGAUCAACAAGAUUUGGAAGAAAACAUUGGUGGUGCUGUUGAGGAUGGCAGAAGUUCAAAUCAGCUUGUUCAUCAAAGUGAUGAAAAAAGUCAUGUUGAAAAUGCUGAUUUUGAGGAUCACAAGUUGGUGAAAGAGAAGGAAGAAAGGGAAAGCCUCCCAGCAAGUCUGAAGAAAAUGAGUCUGGAAGAAGGAGCUUCAUUGGAAGUUAUUGAUGGAGAAGACAAACUUAAUGCAUGUUCUGAAGAACUUGAAUCAAACGAUUCUAGACUUUUGGAAACUGUUUCCAGUGGUGAUGUAACCAUGGCCACUAAACCAUGUGAGCUAGAUACAGUUAAUGAUGAAUCAAAUCACUUUGAGGCUAUAAGCGAGACUAGUGAAGCCUGUGAUUCUUCAUUUGUAGAUGAUGAUAGUAGUGAGCAGAGUUGGAUGCCUAGAUCUUUGUCCGAGUCAAGUGUAGCCUGUGUGACUGGUGACUUUGCAAUGCAAAAUGUUCUUCUACAGAUGGGCUUGCGUUUGCUAGCACCUGGAGGAACACAGAUCCGAGAGCUGCACAGAUGGAUACUUAAGUGUCAUGCUUGCUACGCUGUUACUGCUGAAAUUGGGAGGAUUUUUUGUCCUAAAUGUGGCAACGGUGGCACCUUACGUAAGGUGGCUGUUACAGUUGGUGAAAAUGGAGUUAUUUUAGCAGCCCGUCGACCAAGAAUUACAUUACGUGGCACCAAGUUUUCAUUGCCUUUACCUCAAGGCGGAAGAGACGCAGUCACAAAGAACCUCAUUCUGCGGGAAGAUCAGCUCCCUCAAAAGCUACUCUAUCCUAAAACAAAGAAAGCCAACAAGCAGGAUGAUGAUUUUUUCACUCCAGAUAAUAUCUUCAGCCACAACACAGAUAAGAGAGCUCCUUUCCAGCCUCCUGUAAGGAAUGCAUUAGCAGUUUUUAGUGGAAAGAGAAAUCCUAAUGAUAAUCAUUAUUCCCGUUCUAAGCAUAAGUAGUGGAUGUCUGAUUGGAAUUUUGGUCUGCUUUUCUGUUUUUUCUGUUUUCUCUUUUCUUUUCUUUUCUUUGCUUUUGUUUUCUUUUUCUUUUUUUAUUUUCAAGAAAAUUUCUCAUGUAUCUUUCCAAGUGUUGUUUUUACCCCCUCUUGUGCUGGACAAAGCAACUGUUUCGUUGUAAAAGCGUAUUUUUGGAAGAACUGUUAAA